CUGCGUGCGCGCGUGCGCACACAGCCCGCCUCACUAGGCCGGUGCUCGGGGUAGGAGAAGGGCCUGCUUCUGCCCGCUCUCCCGCUCGCUCGCCCGCCAGCCAGCCCGCCCGCUCUGCUCUCUGCAGCCGCCCCGCCAUGGCUCGCGGUCCGAAGAAGCACCUGAAGCGUGUGGCCGCCCCUCGUCACUGGAUGCUGGACAAACUGACGGGCGUGUUCGCGCCCCGUCCGUCCGCGGGCCCGCACCGCCUUCGUGAAUGCCUGCCGCUCGCCAUCUUCCUGAGGAACCGCCUCAAGUACGCGCUGACGGGCGACGAGGUGAAGAAGAUCUGCAUGCAGCGCCUCAUCAAGGUGGACGGCAAGGUGCGCACCGACGUGGCCUACCCGGCAGGCUUCAUGGACGUCAUCAGCAUCGACAAGAGCGGGGAGAACUUCCGCCUGGUGUACGACACCAAGGGCCGCUUCGCCGUGCACCGCAUCACGCCCGAGGAGGCCAAGUACAAGCUGUGCAAGGUGAGGAAGGUCUUCGUGGGCACCAAGGGCAUCCCGCACCUCGUGACGCACGACGCGCGCACCAUCCGCUACCCGGACCCGCUCAUCAAGGUCAACGACACGGUGCAGAUCGCCCUGGACACGGGCAAGAUCACCGACGCCAUCAAGUUCGACACGGGCAACCUGUGCAUGGUGACGGGGGGCGCCAACCUGGGCCGCAUCGGCGUCAUCACCAACCGCGAGCGACACCCGGGCUCCUUCGACGUGGUCCACGUGAAGGACGCCAACGGCAACGGCUUCGCCACCCGCCUCUCCAACAUCUUCGUCAUCGGCAAGGGCAACAAGCCCUGGAUCUCCCUGCCUCGGGGCAAGGGGAUCCGCCUGACCAUCGCCGAAGAGCGAGACAAGAGGCUGGCGGCCAAGCAGAGCGGGUGAAGCGGGGGACUCUCAAGGGACGUGGGGGUUGGGGACGGGCGCAUUUUGUAGUCUUUUUUUCUACUUAAAAAGGAAGCCGGCUUCGUUACGGGGCCGUUUUUUUGUAUUCGUUUACCCUUCCAGUUUGAGAAAGCAUGUUGAAUUAAAAAAGGAAAAAAAAAGGAAGCCACCUUCA